GUGGCAAGAGGAAUACGAGGCAGGAAAGAGAGGGGAAGGGAGCAGCCUGUGAAGGUGCCUUUCAGGCCAUGAGAAGGAGUCUGGAUUUUGCUCUAAAUUCGGUAUGCAAUGGGAAGCCGUUACAAGGCUUUAUUUAAAAUGGGUGUCAUGAUCAGAUUGAUAGUUGAAACAUAACUGACUGUGUAGAAAAAAAGGCUGAAAAGAGAGAUACGAAAGUGAGGAAUCAGGGAGGAGGAAAUGGUAGAAAUUAAAGCCCGAGAUUCUGGUGGCCUGGACGACGGUGGUGGCAGGCUAAGUAGCAGUGAAGAAUUAGAGACUGAGGAGGGAAACUCUCUGGAAGGAUGGUAGUGCCAUUAAUACAGACAGAAAAGAGUGAGUAAAGAAUAAGAGGGAAAGUAGAGAUUACCAAGAAUCAGGUUUUGGACACAGUGCUUGCUAUUUGUGAUGCCUUAAGUGCAAAUAGUAGAUACCUGUGGUUUGAGGGCAAUGGUUAGUUUUUGACUGGAGACUAGAGAUUUGGGAGUCCUCCCCAUGUAGACGGUAUGCGGAGAGAGUUACAAGUCUGCAGGAAAUCACUUAGGAAGUGAGUACAAAACAGAAAAAGGGGACCCAACACUGAGCCCUCAGGUAUAACACAUUUAGAAGUCAGCAGAACCACCGACGAAGCUAACUGCAAAGUACAGAGAGGAGGACCAAAACCAGGUGAGUGCGGUGUCAGGGAAGCCAAGAGAGAAGUGCUUCGGAGGACAGAGGAGACAACCGAGCUGGGUGAGGCAAAGACGUGCAAUAAACUGAGGACGGACAAUGGCCACUGACUGUGGUCGGUCCAGGCAGAUUGUUGGCAACCUUGAAGUGAGGAGUAGGGCUGAGGAGGAGGGGGAGAGAAGACAUGGGGAAUUCCAUCAGGUUCUACUUAAACAUAAUCUUCAUCCAUUAUUCAUCUACCAGUUCCAUGAAACCAGCCAAGAGCUAAAUGCUGUAUCUUUACAAAUUUACAAUAGGCUUAUCUUAAAUCCUAACAGAUUAAAACCAAAUCAGAUACAGAUUCUCAAGUUUGACUUCUCCCCCAUACAGCUUACUUCUGAUACUAAAAACAAAGAUGACGUUUAUAGAUUAGCUGUAGAAUUUAUUUUUGUGAAUUUUUAUUCAAAAGAAAAAAAAAGUGUAAUGGCAAAGACAAUCAUCCCUCACGUUGGGCAGUUCCUCUAUGAUAGUUUAAUGUCUUACUUCAAGCUCCUUACCCCCCAGAAAGCCACAAUGUGUACCCAUUGUACCUGCUCAUGGACACCUCCAAGAACAUUCCAUAAUGUUUUCCAAAGUGUAUCCCGUAGAACAUUAUUCCUGUUUCAAGAACCAAACAGUUCUGCGGUCUCAUGUACUUGAGUUUAUAAAAUGCUGCUAUGUAAUGUGCCUCUACCUGGAAAAUGCUCACUAAAGGUGCUGUCAAGUCCUACACAAAAGAAUCUGCUUAAUCUUAUGAAAUCCAGGACUUCCCAAAUUUGCUUCACUACACUUUUAUGUACAAGUAGCACCCAGUAGAGCCUUAUAAACGAUUUUGCAAAAUA